AUGGUUGUUGAUGAUGGCGAGAUAACUAUUAUCAUAGGUACGGUUUGGAGCAUAUCAGCUGCGUUGGCGUCACCGAUGUUAUUCAAGGACUUGCUAGUAUAUGAAAAGUUUCCCGUGGCGAUGAUGGAAAAAACACAUGGUCUGGUGUUAUUACUCGUCGCAUUUAUAGCUCCAUGUGCUGCUCUUAUUUUAGUGUACUUCAAAAUGUACGUGGCGGCUCACAGAAACAGUUUACGGACUCGCAAGCACAGCGUGUGCAUAGAACCGGACCUGUCACGGCGCAACUCAAACGCCAUUUUCUCGGCGCUGCUGUUCCGAGAAGAGAGCCGGGCCAUGAAGACGUCCAUGAUGGUGCUGUCCACGUACCUGUUCAGCUGGACGCCGCUGUUCGUACACGUGUCAAUCGUCCAACUUCCGGACGAGGUGGUUUACACGUGCGCUCUGUCCGCGGCCACGCUCAACCCGCUCGUGUACGUGUUCCGGAACGACGCGUUCCGGAAGGAAAUGCUACGCGUGGUGUGCAGCCGCAAACGGUUGCGCGAGUCGGCCGCUGCYAAAGCGGCCACCGGCCACCAACAGCACCGGCUCAUGACGUCCCAUCAGGCCGACAGCGUGUCGGUACACAGUUUCCGCAUGUCGUCAGUCGAGUGCCAACACUCGUUCGACUCGGUCACGCCACCGCCUGCUGACUUUGUCGCCACAUACAACCCGAUAAACGGAUCAGAGCGUUGUACGCGAUACGAGAGCGUUACGUUCCGGUUGGCCCAGCGCCGUUGUCAAUACUGCAGCAGACAGAGUUCGGACUCGUCAUUGAGCAGUAACUACCCAUUGCUGGUCAACAAAAACCGUUCGUCGAGUGAGCCAAAUACRCCUAAACAUCACAACAACAACGAAAACCGAAUCGUCAUGUUUAAG